UGUUUGUAGGUCUCUUUGUCUGGUUUCAGCCCCUCUGGAAGAGAAGUAGAAUGGUUUCUCCCUUCACCUCAUCUUGCUUCAAACACCUUACGCUGGAGGAAUGAAUUUUCGCUCAGCUCUGCAGAAAGAAUGACAAAGCAGCUUGUAGGCGAGGGAAAGAAGAGAUGACUGUGAAGGUCGGAGAUCCCAUGAGUGGGUGUUAAGUGCCCCUGCUGUGGAGGACAGAAGCCAGAAGCCAGGCCAGGAUGGCUGUUAAGAACUUUAUCUGCUCUCUGAUCCUGUCGCUCCUCCUGAUUAUCUGGACCAUCCCUGUGGGCAGAUCCUACUCCCGGGUGCACCUGGCGGGCAGAGGCAGCCCCUGUGCGGGGAUCCCCCAGCUCCAGGAGAGGACGUCUUGGCUACCCCUAUGUGGGGUCCAGAGGGAGGAGGCUGCAAUGCUCUGCAGGCAACUGGGCUGUGGCUCGGUCCUCCACGCCCCCAGCAUGGACGGGCAGAGGGAAGGCUCUGUGCCCAUCGGGAAGAAGUUCGUCAACUGCAACGGAACCAAUUCCACCAUCGUCAACUGCAAAGUAAACCGCAACUUGUCGGGCCACUGUGACCCUAGGGCAGAGGUGAUCUGUUCAGGGCACAGGGAGGUGCGCCUGAUGGAUGGGGAUCACCCAUGUGCGGGGCGCCUGGAGGUGCGGCGGGGCCUGGAGUGGGGCACGAUCUGCCAGUCGGACCUGGACCUGGCCACGGCCCACGUGGUCUGCCGGGAGCUGCACUGCGGAGCCGCCGUGUCCACCCCUGGAGAAGCUGGCUUCGGUCAUGGGCCGGGCCCUCUGUGGACCCAGGAGACCUUCCGCUGUCGAGGGAACGAGUCUCUCCUGUUCCACUGCCCCCGUGGGCCAGCGCGGACAGAACCCUGCUCCCACAGACAGGUCGCCGCCAUCCGCUGCUCAGGAAAGACAGAGGAACCACUUGGAAAGGCUGGAGAGGACCUGAACUGCUCCGACUCCGACAACUGCACAGGUGGAAUCCAGUUGAAAGCAUCCCCCAAAACAGGCCUCAGUGCAUUCCCUCCAGCCAUCCAAGAGAUACUCUCGUCCCCCUGGAUUGCCUCCAUUAUUCUGGGGACCCUUCUCUGCCUCCUCCUUGCAUACCUGGUGAUUCAGACACGGAGGACAAAUAUCCCAAACAGCGUCUCUGAAAUCUGUGACGAAAGUUUUCAAAUCAGCCACUCAAGAGGACUUUACAAAGAGAACCAGGAGAUGAAGGAUUACCUGAUGGGAGAGGGAAAAAAGGAGAAUAUUGGCAAGGGGGACAAAGAGGAGAAGCCACUGGCUAGUGGCUCAGUAUUCCUGACUGGGCUGGCAAAUAUCCAGGAGGAUGACUACGAUGACUCUGGAAAUGUUCUAGUCUCUUCUGGUGAGCUUUGUUCACCACUGAAGCAGCAGGGAAAGCACCUGGAGGAAGAGACGUAAAUUGACAGGUUGGAUUCCAAGUGCCCUGGGAUGGUGACAAGGCACUGACGAUGAUGAUAAAGAAUCCUGGGGCAGUCAGCUGUCUCUGGAAAAUAUCUAACAAAACAUCGAGUGAAGUUGUGAAAAUACUCUGUCCAUUUGUUCCAACAUUCUCACCAAUAUCUUCAGGUUGUGCAUCUGUGCUUUUCCCUAAAUAAAUCCUCUGAAAAAACUUC